AUGUCAGGCCAAGGAGGAAUUGGCAAGAGCGGCAAUUCGCGCCUAAACGCACCAAAUCGUCAUGAAAAACUUCGAGACUUAGAGGAGGCAGCGGUAAACGGGUCACUCUCUCCCCAACAAGCUCAAGCUAUAAUGCAGCAGGCGUCUGUGUCCCAGCCCAAUCAAAAUGUGCAGGAACCCAUGGACGAGACUCCAGAUCAAUCGCAAUUUCAUGAAAACAAAGCUUCCAGCGGUGACCGACAAGUGUACCACAGCCAGGGGGUCAUACCGUCUAUCGAGACGGAUAGUACUGAUGGGAUUGAAAUGCAACCAAUGGAACCAAGUAAUUCCGCUGAAGCUCAUCAACAUGAAGCACGCCCUUCACAAGCCAGAGUGUACUCACCAAAUCAAGAAGUCUCUGGACUGACUCAGAGGUUCCGCCGUCUAGCAGUUAUUGGGCCUCGUGGUCAAAGAGGCCAGGAUGCUUUUCAAGAUGAAUUUUCAAACCUCCCUGUAGACGGAUGGGGAAUUUACAGAACAAGACCCUUUGUGAUCCUACAACAGGGCCCGCCUUCUGCUGUCAGGUUUGUUUUCAAAUACAGGGCUGGCUACAUGGACAAGAAAAUACCCUGCAUUUCCAAUGAUGAUUUAUGCAUGACCUCAAUCCACUCCAAAGACUUUUGUGGCAGGAAGACUUAUCGAUACACAUGGGAGAAUGUCGUCGAGGUUGUUGGAGUCGCUGCUGAGGAACGAAAAAACCACGUUUCCUACAAGAACAACCCAGGUUUUUGGGUUAAAAUUGAGUGGGAAAACUUGGAUCAAGCAGAUUUCAACAAGGUCGUCAACUGGUAUUCGUGGAUUCCAUUUAAAGGCUUGGAACGGCUUUGUGGUGGGCGAAAGGCAGCGAUGGCCAAAAUCCAGGAGGUUUGGCAGAAACAAGAGGAAGGAUAUCUCCAAUGGGUUGAAAAUAAUCCGGAAAGGCCCAACUACGAACGAUCCCCGACACCAUGCCCAUUGAUCGUCUCCACAAACCCAGGCCGUCAGCGACGAGCUACCUCUCGCUGCAACACGCCCGAGGUCAGAGUGUCUCCGCCAGAGAGAUGGGACUCUACUACUCCCACACCUUCCCGACGUAAUGGGGCGACUGGUAUUGAGGAUCAGCGGGGCCAGCGAUCCUCACUUGCUCCACCAAACCCCACUUCUGCCCCUGGUCGGCCUCGAGACUCUAAUCGAAUCGCGUCUUACUCUCCAGGGCUUACAAUCCAAGUAAAUGAAGAAGAAUUCAUGGCGAAAAUGGCAAGAAAAGAAAAUUGGGAUCAAAAGAGUGCGGCGGACCGGGAGACAGCGGAAGCGAGGGCCCAGGCUCUGUUUGAGAUGCUUCAGGAAGGAGUGUGA